CUUAAAUCUUAGAAUACCGGAAAGAGAGAGGCGUUUCUGAGCUUCCAGUGUAGAAGAUAACAGGGUAAUUAGAGAGAUGGGUGAAGUUGAUCCAGCUUUCAUCCAAGACAUCGAGCACCGGCCUAAGUUCAUCACCGGAUUGGAGGCCGGAGGGAUCCCACUCAUUGAUCUCUCCCUCUUAACCUCUCAUCAAUCUUUAGAGGGAUAUUCCAAAGACCUUCCACAGGCCAUCUCGGAUCUAGUUCAGGAGAUAGGAAGUGCAUGUAAGGACUGGGGGUUCUUCCAGGUAAUCAACCAUGGUGUGCCCUCCGAUGUUCGUAGGAGGGUUGAAACCGCGGCGAAGGAGUUUUAUGAGUUGCCUCUGGAAGAGAAGCGCAAGGUGAGGAGAGAUGAGAUCAAUCCAUUGGGUUAUUACGAUACAGAGCACACCAAGAAUGUGAGGGAUUGGAAGGAGGUCUUCGAUUUCACUGUCGAUGAUCCUACCGUGAUUCCACUUACCGAUGAGCCCGACGAUCCGACCAUCCGGGAGAUGAACAAUCAGUGGCCUGACUAUCCUUCUGAUUUGAGGAACAACUGUGAGGAAUAUUGUCGAGCAGUUGAGAGGCUAGCGUUUAAACUGCUGGAAGCCAUCUCACUGAGCUUAGGCUUGCCUGCAAAACGAUUUAACGAGUUCUUCAAAGACCAAACCAGCUUUGUCCGUCUCAAUCACUACCCUCCUUGCCCUUCACCUGAACUGGCUCUCGGCGUUGGCCGGCACAAGGAUGCCGGUGCGUUGACCGUCCUUUCACAGGACGAUGUAGGUGGUCUGGAAGUGAAGCGGAAGACCGAUGGUGAGUGGAUAAGGGUGAAGCCCAUCCCUGAUUCUUAUAUCAUCAACGUCGGCGAUAUUAUUCAGGUGUGGAGCAACGACAGGUAUGAGAGCGUGGAGCAUAGGGUAGUGGUGAACUCGAUGAGGGAGAGGUUUUCUAUCCCAUUCUUCUUCAACCCUUCACAUUAUGUGGUGGUGAAGCCUUUGGAGGAACUUGUCGAUAAGGUGCUUCUUAUUGGAGGAAGGGUUGACACAUUUACCUCCACAACAUAUCUCAUUGUACUUGCACUUCUUCCCACACAUCCCAUAAUUGAGUCUGUCUGUGGACACAUUAACACAUUUCUUGUUGCAGCAAUCAUGAACCGACCCAUUCCCCGCAGAGAAGAUGAAGAACCACCAUCAUCUUCUACUUCUUAUUCUUCUUCCCUUGGUAUUGCUGCUGUGAUGCCUAUGAUUAAAGCCAUGGCUACUGCUAGAACAAAGAACACCUUAAUCAACUUCAUGGUUGGUGAUCAGUGA